AUGGCUCUCUCCUUCCCUUCUCUAGCUGGCCAAGCUGUCAGGCUUAGUCCCAGUACAUCUAACCUUCUUGGUGAGGGCCAGGUCACCAUGCGCAAAACCGCAACCAAGUCCAAAAGUUGGGACACUGCUGGAGUCUCAGCUGACCCAGAGACCUUUGCCAAGAACCGUGAGCACGAGGUCAUUCAUUCAAGAUGGGCCAUGCUUGGUGCUCUGGGCUGUGUUUUCCCUGAACUCUUGUCCCGUAAUAGAGUCAAGUUCGGCGAAGCUGUUUAG